AUGGACAACAGCAGGAAGCAAAGGAGCAGAAAACAUGACAAAGAAUCCCUCGGGAAGUGUGCGGAGGAGUCUAAGCGAGAUUGGUCCCCUGUCGAGAUUGUCGAAGCUACAGCACCCGUGCAUCCGUUGAUUCGCCAUGCGAAGAAGACGUUGAAGGCACACCUGCUUGCCACUAGGAAAGACAUUGAGGAGUCGAUGCGCGUCAAAUACGAGCGACUUAUCGAGCAAAUCGACGUUGAAAUCGAUGAAACGAACCGACAGUUGGAAUCGUUUUACAAAGUAAACGACGCCAUAUACGAGAAUUCAACCAAACGAUUGAAACGAAUGACAGAUGCCGUCACCGACGAAAUGGAGCACGUGCGAAAUAUACACGACAAUGCGAUGAAAGACGUCCAGCAAAUGCAAGAAAAAGCGAAAAUCAAAGCGAUCCGAGACUUCAAACAAGAGGCAACCAAACUUCUACAAACACAAGGAUAAGGUGGCGCAACGAAAGCAAUUCGUCUACGAAACAUUGUGACGACCUUCAUGGCGUAUAUCACGUUAAGACAAGGUGGAC